CUGUUGUCGGUGCUCACCCCCCCCCCCCCCCCGCAUAAAACCCACCAUGUCAUACUACGGUCAACAACAACAGCCACCUCCACCACAGGGAUAUUACCCACCUCCCGGUGGUCAAUACCCGCCUCCCCAGCAAAUGCAGUAUGCUCCCCCGCAAGAGCAGUCGCAGUCCAAGGACCGUGGGUGUCUCACCACCUGGUAUGUGCUGACCUGGACCCGAGCGGACCUGACUUUGGCUAACGGUUCUUAGUCUUCUGACCAUGUGCUGUUGUUUUCUCUGCGAGGAGGCCUGCGAGUGCUGCUUCGAGAUCGUGGAAUGCUUAUGUUGUGGAUGCUAGUCGCGGUGCUGUACUAUACCUUUGUUUGAGAUUGCUCCUGCUUCUGCUCGUUAUGUGUUCGGCCU